CCAAUGAGACCUCGCUGUCGUGUACAACAGUUGAGAGGUUUCUACGGCGCGUCGCCAGGACCUAAAAGCCCCAGAACGCAACAAUUUACCGGAGAAUAUCUAACCGUCAGAAUGAUAAGAAGAACGCGCUCUUCCAGGGGCAUGGAGUUGAGUUGUGUCUUCAUCAUUCUCUCCAGCUGCUGCCUCCUGUGCGUCCGCUCUCACGGAGAGCCAGAUCAACAGGCACAGACUCCGGACUCUACUCACAUUCAAGGUGGUCAUGGUCAUGGUCGUCUCGAUAGAAAUAUGAUCCAAGACAAAAACCACAUUAUGGAGCACCUGGAGGGGGUGAUCGAUAAGCCAGAGACGGAGAUGUCUCCACAGGAACUGCAGCUGCACUACUUCAAGAUGCACGACUACGACGGCAACAACCUGCUGGACGGGCUAGAACUGGCCACCGCCAUCACACAUGUGCACAAAGAGGAAAGAGGUGAGAACACCCAACCAAUGAAAGAAGAGGACCUGAUAAAUCUGAUCGAUGACGUGCUGAGGGAUGAUGACAAGAACAACGACGGCUACAUAGACUAUAUCGAGUUUGCCAAGUCACUCGAAUAGAGCGGUCCCUAAGUAACAGACGACCCCAGACACCCUCUCUUCCUCUCUCGCUGUCUCUCUCUCUCUGUCAAACAACCACCCCCAGGGUACCAUGGCACCAUGGCUAUGGGAUGGGGUGGGGGGAAUACAUUACCAGAAUUGAACUUUGCAAUUCCAGUGCAGUCGAUAGUCAUAAACAUCCCCUUCUUUAUGAUCCAGUUCUGCAGACGGUCAAUAUGAAAGAUGGAGCACUUAAUUGUACCUGUAUGUUGCAAAGGCAAUACAUCUGCUGCUGCUUGUGCAUUUUCAAAGUACCAUGUGGCCUUUUAUUGAAAUCUCUUGAAUAUAUACCAAUUUAUUUUUCAUGUCACCCUGGAGGCCUGAGCGUGAUCAGAAGAAUUGUGGCUACAUGUUUAUGAAAAUGGCUUUUGAGGUUGUUUUUUUCUUCUGUUUCUGCUCCAACAUUGGCCUCCGCCGCACAACUUUACUUUCAAACAGCCCCUCCCCAUUCCCGGUACCUCUCAUACUGUUACUAUGACUACCCCGCUUCCCUCCCUGUGUGGUCACAAAACUCCCCCGAUGGAGACCUGUGUUGCCCUCUGUCGUCUACUUUGAGCCAUCAGAGCAGAGCGGAGGCUCGGGACCAAGCUUUGCUCGAGUGACGUGAAUGUAACGCAUCAUCACUGGUUCUGCUGCUUAUGUUAACUCGUACACACUGGACACGCCAGCCGCUCACCACGCCCGCUGGGCCGCCAAUCCCCUCGUUCCAGUGGCACAUUCCCAUUGUUUGAGGAAAAUUUAAGUCUUCAGUUGGUUUGGGUUUUGUUUUGCGUGUUUCAAACGCCGGUUUUCACCUCAACCACCAAAAAGAGAUUAGUGGGAUCGAUCGAUGGGAAAAAUGGUCUUGGUCCAUUCUUAUUUUUACAAAAAACAAAAGUAUAUGCUAUAAAUGUAAUAUUUUUGUCACUCAGUGUUAAUGGUCUUUUUGAAGGCAGGUUAUUUUGAAUACAGGUCUAUAAAUGUAAAUGUUUAUGUUAGCAGAGAAGCAGCAGAAUGUAUUAAAAUACAUUUGAAAUCA